UGUCAAGGUCACGUCAACAGGUGGUUGGUGUUCACACGCCGGCUCUGCUAUCGUGGUAAUAAAUAUGAGAUAACAGAAAAUUCAAGACCAUUGAAAGCAGGAGAAGUAUCUUUUAAACAAGAUAACUAGAAGAUGAAGGCAGUGAUCCUGGCCGCAGGGUAUGGGACAAGACUAGAGAGAGAUCUGAAAGCUGACACCUCAGGGCAGUACAGUCAUCUGAUAGGGGUGCCCAAACCACUGCUGCCCAUCGGCCACUGUCCACUGAUAUCACACUGGACAAAGGUGCUGACCACACUGCCCAGCUUGGAUGGUGUUUAUGUUGUGACCAAUGGUGCCAACCAUGAGAAGUUUGUGACGUGGGCCAAGGACUGGAACUGCGUGCAGCUGGUGUGUGAUGGGAGCACGUCGAAUGAGGGCAGGACAGGAGCAGUGGGAUGUUUAGAACUGUGUGUCCGACAAUAUAAUGUCCAAGAUGAUCUACUAGUCAUAGCAGGUGACACUAUGUUUUUUGAUGACUUUGACUUGAGUCAGCUAGUCCAGAAAUUUGAGUCAUUUAAAACCAAAGACCCAGAUGCCAGUAUGCUGGUCUAUGUGACAUGCACAGAUGAAGAAGUUCACAAGUACGGGAUUCUUGAACUGAAUGAAGAGAAAAAGGUGGUUGGAUUCCUUGAAAAACCUCAACCCGAGGAGACUUCAUCUAGGAAAGAGUGCCCAUGUUUUUAUUUCUUGUCAUCCAAGUGUCUUCCACUGCUGUCUCAGUUCUUAGAGGAGAAGAAGGAUUUGCCAUUGAAGGCCAGAGAUGCAACUGGAAACUUUAUUGCUUAUUUAUACCAAAGAGCUCCAGUAUAUGCCACGGAGAUUUCUGGGCGUUUUGAUGUCGGUGGACUCCAAUCCUACGUCAUCUGUCAUGAGCAUUUCAAGAAAAAAGCUGAGACUGAAUUUUUAGGAUGAUGCAGAUUGUAGAUCCACGUGUAGUGUAGUAGAUAAAAAAAAUAAUUUGAAAGCACUCAUAGAUUGGGUCUUUGAGGGUCUCAUAGUUGUAGCUUAUGUCUCUUUAUACAUCACAGUACUUCAGAAUAGUACUUAGAGACACAUAUAGGUGGCGCCUGCAGCUGAGUUCCCGGUAAAUGGUGUCGCCCUCUAUUGACAUGCAGAAUUCUCAAGAAUGUCUGCUUGACUGUACAGCUUCCCGCGGAGCUGAAAAUAGCUUGGAUAAUGGACAGCUAAGAAGAGCGAUUGGGUUGGCUGGUGGAUGUUGCAAUAUUAUUUUAUAGAUACGAGCAUUUAUUUAUUUUCUGUAAAAAUUUAACUUGAAGACUGUAAAACUUGAGCCCAACUUCAGUGGCUGCCAUGGUAAAAAUAAAGAUAUGGCAUUUUAAACCACACUGUGUGAACGUGAUUGCCUUUUACUUUGGAAGAAUUGCUCAAUAAUGGUUAAAAUAUUUAUUGUUAUUAUUAUUAUCAUUAUAGUACAAAACCAAUAAUUUAAUAGGGCGAUGAUCAGUAUUUCAUGUUUUCCAUGGCCAGAAACUGCAUCUAUUUGAAAAGUUAAUGAUAUAAUAAAAAAAAGAAAAUAAUAUUUUCAAACUUUUUUAUUCGUCUAUUUUCAAAAUUAAAACCAGCUAUAAACGGCUGCUA